GCGUUUGUCGCCAGUCGAUUCACCCCACGUUGUUCCGCGUUCAUCAUCGACGCAUUAAUAUUGACGAAACCCAAUCAAACCUCGACUGCUCGCGUGUGGCACGUAGAACGAACACGAUUUCAAUAUUUCAUCGCGGUGAGUGUGGGUGUGCGCGCUGCUUUUAAAGCAUAUCCGUAAAAAAUUACGACCGACGUCGGGUCGUAUGGCCUUUUCAAAAUAGCCAGUGGUCGGCAAUCGUAUGAUUAAGUUGCCGCGGCACGGACUCGAACAGCGGGACAGGCGGGACGGUAUUGAAUCGUAAAAACCAUUGGAUACGUUGGGUACCUGUAUAUUCGUGCGCGAAGAGGGGCCACAGCCGGUGUAAGCCGGUGAGGUAUGGUAGAGGCAGGCGAUCGGUCACAUGACUCACAAUACACGUGCAAAUUUCGCCGCAUCGAAAUAGGUUAGCGGUUGGCGGCGAGCGUUUGUAUUUUUUUGUUCCUCCUUUCGUCGUUUCAUCCGCGCUCCCGGCCGGUAGUACCCAGCUCGUGCCAUUUGAAAACGCGCUCAAGUCGGGUGCCGUCGACUCGUGAGCGAGGAAGCAACAAGUUAGGAGGCGGGAGAGGCAACAAAUUUCGAGAGCAAACAAAUUCAGCCGAAUUUAAAAAAAAUGAACUCAGACCUAGUUUUAAAGGAUUUACCAAAGGGUUCGUUAGACGACUACAGAAAAACUGCUACAUUCCGAUGGAAGGAUUUGAAAUUGAUUUUCGAAGAUCCUGACAUGUAUAAAUUAAAGUUGCAUGUAUGGAAUAUCUUAGAAAAUGAUCCAAUUUUCCGAAAAUCCGACGUUGGGCUUACCACCGAAGAGCUCAAACAUCGCACCGCAUUACAAUUCCAGCGAUUCUGCAAUAUCUCAUUCCUGCCUUCAAACACACUGGAAAUGCCCUACAGGCAAAAAACGCGCCUUAUAAUGACAGUUAAUGAGGCGCUGGCGGUUUGCUACCCUGAUGUGUCGAUAAAAUACGCUGUCGGGGUAAGUUUGUUCACCAACGCGCUCAUGUCCCUUGGGACGGAGCGACAUCGUAAAAUAUUUGACGCCGUCUGGAAUCGUAAAGUGCUUUCGUGCUUGGCGCUGACGGAAGUCGCGCAUGGUAGUAAUACAAAACAGAUGCGCACCACGGCCACCUACGAUCCAAAAACGCAGGAGUUCAUCAUCGACACACCAGACUUUGAGGCAGCCAAAUGUUGGGUGGGGAAUUUGGGAAAGACGUGUACGCUGGCCCUGUUGUUUGCGCAGCUGUACACUAAGGACGGUUGUCAAGGUUUGCAUGCGUUUGUUGUACCGAUUCGAGACCCGAAAACAUUGAUGCCGUAUCCCGGUGCCAUUGUUGGGGACAUUGGUGAUAAAGUUGGAUUGAAUGGCAUUGAUAAUGGGUUUAUCAUGUUUAAAAACUAUAGAAUACCCAGGGUAAACCUAUUGAAUAGAACCGGCGAUGUGUCACCUUCCGGCGAAUACGAAAGCAGUAUUUCCGAACCUGGGAAAGUCCUCGGUGCGGCUUUAGAAUGUUUGUCUACAGGCCGUGUUGGAAUUAUGCAGGAGAGCAUUAAUAAUCUCAUUUGUGCGAUUACGAUUUCCACGCGCUACGCAGCCGUACGCAAGCAAUUCGGAACAGAGGGCACUGAAACGUCUAUAAUCGAAUAUCCACUUCACCAAUGGAGAUUAUUUCCGUACGUUGCGGCUACGGCGGUGUUUAAAUUAUUCAUCAAUGCGUUUACAUCGGACUAUCUAAAUGCCGUUGACCAGUCAAACAAUUCCACAGUCCGAAUUGAUAGUUUGAGCGACUUGGUAUCUGAAAUUCACGCAAUAAUAUCGGCUGAAAAGCCAACCAUCACGCGAACGACACUCAAAGCAAUUCAGGAAAGCAGAGAAGCGUGUGGAGGUCACGGUUACUUAAAGGCGGCUCGCUUGGGCGACCUGCGUAACAUUCAGGAUCCUUCACUGACCUAUGAAGGGGACAACAAUGUGCUCGUUCAGCAAACCAGUAAUUGGCUUCUCCGGCAAUGGUCAAGCGUCAAUAAAGAAUUUCGAGUGGCCAGUCCUCUGGAUACUUGUUCUUUCUUGACGGAGCAUAAAUCAAUUCUAGCCCGGUCGGUUCAAAUUUCGGGCAUUCAAGAUGUACUUAAUAGGAAUUUUAUAAAGAAUUGUUUUGAAUGGUUAAUAACGUAUCUUUUAAGCAAAACAGCGGAAGAACAAUCUCUCUUGAUCAAAAAUGGUGAUAGUAAUUUUGAGGCAAGAAACAAAACUCAAGUUUAUAAGUGUGCGCUUAUCUCUCGUGCGUAUAGUGAACUAGUUGCGUUGAAAUAUUUCUGGAUGGCUGCUGAUCGUCUUGCGAACAACAGAGAAUUGAAGACGGUUCUUGAUAAAUUGGGAGUACUGUACGGCCUUUCAUGCUUGGAUCAGCAUUUGAUUUACUUUUAUGAGGGAGGAUAUGCAAGAGAUAAAUCAUUAGCGAAAAUGGUCAAAGAUGGUGUUCUGCAAAUGUGCACAACACUUAAACCCGAUAUUAUCGGUGUUGUUGAUGCGUUAGCACCACCAGAUUUUGUAGUUAAUUCAGUAUUGGGAAAUGCUGAUGGUGAGGUUUACAAAAACUUAGAACAAGAAUUCUUCAACAAUCCAGGCGCCAUGUCACGACCACAUUGGUGGCACGAAAUCAUUGUUCGGGACGCACCAGAUCUAAAGCUUUUAUCAAAAUUGUGAAUCUCAAUCAAUUGUGAAGUCUAUUUAUAUAAUGAAACAGGAGAUAUAAAUAACAUCUUAUUUUACUAUGCUGGAUGUUUUUAAAUGUAUUAAGGAAAAUAUUAAAAGCAUUAAAAGAAAUAUAAACAUAAAA